AUGUUACUUACUCUCACAAUUGUACUUCUUUUUCCCUCCUUUUUUUUUCUAUUAUUUACUUCCCCGAUUGCAGAGUUGUGCAAAGGAGAAAAAUCUUCCAUGUCGCAAUCGCGGUGGGAACGCAAAAUCCAGGUCAGGGAAUAUCAUUACACACACACGCAGCCGCAAUGGUCCGAUGCCACCCCAUUGGUGUCGAGGUUUCCCGUGGCAUUAACUCGCACAUGUGCUUUGUGCAGACGGAAAAAGGAAUUGUGCAAAUGUCGUGUUUGUUUUAAUUGUCAAAAAACAAUGGGUAUACGAAGGCAUCACUGCCGAAAGUGCUGGCAAGCCGUUUGUCCUGAUUGUCGGGAAAGAAUGCGUUAUGUGCACAUGUUAAGUGAACCCAUGAAGGUUUGCAAUAGUUGCGCCCUUCCAUACGGAAUAGCGACUCUUUCUCGCUGUAAGGAGCACAAACAUUUACUAUGGGGCCUUUAUGUCCUACAGAGAGCCACAGAAAUGCCAAAUGUGUGUAUUGUUCCUUCUUGUAGUACACUCACCUACCAUAGUGUAUGUUUUAACUGUGGCCUUCCGACGACCACGACAAGAUUACACGAAGAACGCCUUGUUCGUUUAGAUGCAAAGGAGUUGGCAAAGGUGGCGGAUUCCGUGAAAUACCUGGAAGCUAAUGAAUUCUCAGUUCGAUGCGCCGCAGUGGACAAAUAUGCAGCUGAAGAAGUAGAAAAUUUAUUUCGAGUAUUGUUCCCACGGUUUCAGGAGGUUCGUGCCUUUCCUACAUUGAACUCUUUGGUGGAAGCGCAGGAUUUGUUGCUCUCUGUUAUUUCUUCAACGGUGGCGUAUGAAUACGGAAAUUUCCCAAGUCUCACAAUGUCCCUUUCUGACGUACCCUAUUCCCGUUUACUAAAAUUGAUACGCACCAGCCCACGCUAUUCCGUAUUUGAGGCCCCUGGAAAGGUCAAAUUUGUAUCAUUUCCAGGAACACAUGAUUAUCGCACGUUUAAUGUCAACAUGCGUUGUGGACGAAUAAAACAACAGGUAUGGUCGCGCCUCGUUGAUGGGUGG